AAAAAAAUCGCCGGAUCCCUUCUUUGCCCUUCUCCAUCGCCCAGAAUUUCCCCCUUGUCUGCUUCCUUACCCGCCAAAUCCUUCCUCUUUGAAUCCGUCUAUAACGAAUUGCACGAGUUGAGUUAGAUUCUGGAACAGAUAUUGUCUGGCAUUCUACUUGGCAAAUACUUUGUUUACUGUGAUGAAAUGGCAAAUCACCAGCUGAUGAUGAUGGCAGCGGAGGAGAAUCACGAGAUAUCCUCGUUUAGACAGGAUGAGCAUUUUGCGGAACCUCGACAGAACAACGAACUGUUUCCCCCUCCUCCUCCUGCUCAUGGCUACAAGUUUGCUUUCCAACCGCUACAGGCAACUGACCUGCAGAUUGGUGUUUCACGUGAGCAAAACGAGGUCUGGAACCACAGUGGAGAGAUACAUGAAGGACAGUCUCUCGAGGGAAAAGAUGAGGUUGAUUCUCUGGAGAUCCGAGACGGAAGCUAUGACAAUGCUUAUGACAUCACAUUUCCUGAUAACGAUGAUGACUCUGUGGAAGCUUCGGAGAAUGACAAACUAGCUUUAGUAGUUUCCGAGGAUCUCACUGAUAGCUUACAGUUAGGGGUGGGUCACUGCAUGAAUACGGAUCCCAUAGUACCUGAUUUGGACAUAAGCCUUUCUCAGCAGCUAGAGUUGGCUCCUCCUACUGUUCAGUGCCGCUCUCUGGCUCCAGCUCCUGAGCAUAAUUUGGAAGUUGGUAUGGAGUUUUCAGAUGUCCUCGCUUGUAGGAGAGCGUUGAGAGAUGCAGCAAUCGCCUCGCGGUUCGAGAUGCAGACGAUUAAAUCCGAUAAAACUCGCUUCACUGCAAAGUGCGCUAGUGUGGGCUGCCCCUGGAGGAUCCACUGCGCCAGGCUUCCCGGUGUGCCAACUUUUUCGAUAAGGACUAUUCACGGGAGCCACACGUGCGGUGGUAUCUUGCACCUCGGUCACCAUCAGGCUUCGGUUGAGUGGGUCGCCGAGGCUGUGAAAGAGACGCUGAGAGAGAAUCCUCAUUGCAAACCUAAGGAGAUACUUGAGGAGAUUCAUCAAGUCCAUGGGAUCACGCUAUCGUAUAAGCAAGCGUGGAGAGGGAAAGAGCGUGUGAUGGCUACUGUUCGAGGUUCGUUCCAAGAAGAUUACCGCCUUCUUCCUCAGUAUUGCGAUGAGAUUAGAAGGACGAAUCCUGGGAGCAUCGCUGUGGUUAAUGGACACCCUGAUGAUGCGAGCUUCCAGCAGCUGUUCAUCUCUUUUCAUGCAUCGAUCUCUGGUUUCCUCAACGCGUGUCGACCUCUCAUUACAUUGGACAAGAUCGUUCUGAAGAGCAAGUAUCUAGGGACGCUGCUGCUCGCCACUGCCUUUGAUGGAGACGGUGCAAUGUUUCCUUUAGCUUUCGCGAUCGUUGUGGAGGAGAACGAUGGUAGUAGCUGGCACUGGUUCCUCUCGGAGCUGCGUCUACUGCUCGAAACGAACACGGAGAACAUGCCGAAGCUCACGAUUUUAUCUAACAGAGAGCCGUCCCUAGUUAACGGAGUAGAAGUUAGUUUCCCAACGGCGUUUCACGGCUUCUGCAUCCACCAUCUCGCGGAGUCUUUCCUCAAGGAGUUUAACAGCGACUCUGUUGUCGUAAACCUCUUUUGGGAAGCGGCGAAAUGCACCACCGAGUUUGAGUUUCACGCAAAGGUUCACGAGAUGCUGCAGGUGUCCCAAGACGCUGCCAUGUGGGUCAGUAACAUCCCUCCCUCUUUGUGGGCCACAUACUGCUUUGAAGGAACCAGGUUGGGUCAUCUGAAUGUGAAUGUCACCGAGUCGAUCAACGGUUGGAUUCAAGAAGCUUCGGGUCUUCCUAUAAUCCAGAUGAUGGAGUGUAUCCGUCGCCAGCUCAUGACUUUGUUCACCGAACGCCGAGAAGCAAGCGUGCAGUGGUCGAGUAUACUAGUUCCAUCUGCUGAGAGACUGGUCCUCGAGGCGAUAGAACAGUCUCGUGCGUACCAAGUUCACAAGGCAAACGAGGCGCAAUUCGAGGUCAUGACUGGUGAAGCAACGUUGUUAGUGGAUAUUAGAUGCCGUUCAUGUAUGUGCCGCGGAUGGGAUCUAUACGGUUUGCCUUGUAGCCACGCAGUUGCAGCGCUCCUCUCUUGCAGACAGGACGUUUUCAGGUUCACAGAGGGUUACUUCACUGUGGCGAAUUACAGGAGAACUUACGCGGAGACCAUACAUCCAGUUCCAGACAAGACCAUGUGGAAGAAAAUGGAAGCUGAGGGAGAAAGUGGUGAUGAGGUUAUGAUAACGCCACCGAGGGUGUUGAGACAACAGCCACGGCCGAGGAAGAGGAGAGUUCAAGUAGAGGACCGUGGACGACAAAAGCGGGCGGUUCGAUGUAGUAGGUGUAAUCAGCCUGGCCAUUUCAGAACAACUUGCACAGCUCCUAUAUAAAAGAAAAGCUUAUGAUAUCUCUUUUUAGAUUUUUUUUUUAUAGGUUUAGAACAUUCUUUGCAAAGCCUUUCUCUUAAACUCAAUUUUCCAACAGUGACAAUCAACUAAACAU